GUUGUCCCCCUGCUGCUGCCCAUCACUUUGCAAAGUCGGCGGCUCCCCUGCUCCGUGCACGCCCCCGGCUGCCCCGGUGGCGGUGACUCGGGGUCCGCGGAUUUGCCCUGGGAUGCCGCGGCUGGAUGAUGAGCAGUUCGUGGCCUCUGGAAUAAAGGCGCUGAGAUGAGGGUCUGAAACUUCAGCUUAGAACUUUUCCUUGGAUGGGCCCACCUUGAGAACAGUGGCACAUUCUCGUGAUUCUCAGUAGGAACAGAUAUUUCAGAGGCUAUGGAGAUGGCUCAGUUGGUAAAGUGCUUGCCCCGUAUGAGGCCUGAUGGGUGGCACCUACGUCAAAGAGAUUCCCUGUGUAAGGUGCAUGCAUGUACUCCCAGCUCCGGAGACAGGUGGAUCCUUGAGACUGGCCCCCAAACAGCCUCGCUGAAUCAGAAAGCCCUUGAUAUUUCAACAAGGAAGAAAUCACUCUCCUCCUAAGAUGGAAUCUGUGAUUUGGGAAUGUGGUUGAUCAACUUGAUAUGCUGGCCAGAUGUGCCCUAUGUAAUAAAAUGAAAAGAAGAUACAAGAUGAUGUCAUUUUCCAAUAUUGUGAAACCAAAAACAAAUGCCUUUUGUGAGACCAGGUUAACAAACCUCUGACAGUACAAGGAGUUUUUAACUGUUCGAAGAACCUAACAGAUACAGAAGGGGUGCUUUCAAGCUGAGACCUGCAGGCACAUCUUGAGUAAAUCUGAUCGUCCAAGUCUCAUUCAGAUCCAAGAAGAAUGGCUAUGAGUUGGAUUGUCUUUUAUCUUUGGCUCUUGACUGUGUUUGUGGGGCAUAUAGGUGGGCACAGUUUGUUUUCUUGUGAACCUAUUACCUUGAGGAUGUGCCAAGAUUUGCCUUAUAAUACUACCUUCAUGCCUAAUCUUCUGAACCAUUAUGACCAACAGACAGCAGCUUUAGCAAUGGAGCCCUUCCACCCUAUGGUGAAUCUGGACUGCUCUCGGGAUUUUCGGCCAUUUCUUUGUGCACUCUAUGCCCCUAUUUGUAUGGAGUAUGGACGUGUCACACUGCCCUGUCGUCGGCUGUGCCAGCGUGCCUAUAGCGAGUGCUCAAAGCUCAUGGAGAUGUUUGGGGUUCCUUGGCCUGAAGAUAUGGAAUGCAGUAGGUUUCCAGAUUGUGAUGAGCCAUAUCCCCGACUUGUUGAUUUGAAUUUGGUUGGAGAGCCAACUGAAGGUGCCCCAGUUGCCGUGCAGAGGGACUAUGGCUUCUGGUGUCCCCGAGAGUUGAAAAUCGAUCCUGACCUUGGCUAUUCCUUUUUGCACGUGCGAGAUUGUUCACCACCAUGUCCCAAUAUGUACUUUAGGAGAGAAGAACUGUCAUUUGCUCGCUAUUUCAUAGGACUGAUUUCAAUCAUUUGCCUCUCUGCCACGUUGUUUACUUUUUUAACCUUUUUGAUUGACGUCACAAGAUUCCGUUACCCUGAAAGGCCUAUCAUAUUUUAUGCAGUCUGCUACAUGAUGGUGUCAUUGAUUUUCUUCAUUGGCUUUUUGCUUGAGGACCGAGUAGCCUGCAAUGCAUCCAGCCCUGCACAGUAUAAGGCUUCCACAGUGACACAAGGAUCUCACAAUAAAGCCUGUACCAUGCUUUUUAUGGUACUCUAUUUUUUCACUAUGGCUGGCAGUGUAUGGUGGGUAAUUCUUACCAUCACAUGGUUUUUAGCAGCUGUGCCAAAGUGGGGUAGUGAAGCUAUUGAGAAGAAAGCAUUGCUGUUUCAUGCCAGUGCCUGGGGCAUCCCUGGAACUCUAACUAUCAUCCUUUUAGCGAUGAAUAAAAUUGAAGGUGACAACAUUAGUGGCGUGUGUUUUGUCGGCCUCUACGAUGUUGAUGCGUUAAGAUAUUUCGUUCUCGCUCCCCUCUGCCUAUAUGUGGUAGUUGGGGUUUCUCUCCUCUUAGCCGGCAUCAUAUCCCUAAACAGAGUUCGGAUUGAGAUCCCAUUAGAAAAGGAAAACCAAGAUAAGUUAGUGAAAUUCAUGAUCCGGAUUGGUGUUUUCAGCAUUCUUUACCUUGUACCACUCUUGGUUGUAAUUGGAUGUUACUUUUAUGAGCAAGCGUACCGUGGCAUCUGGGAAACAACAUGGAUACAGGAACGCUGCAGAGAAUAUCAUAUUCCAUGUCCAUACCAGGUUACUCAGAUGAGUCGUCCGGACCUGAUUCUCUUUCUGAUGAAGUAUCUGAUGGCUCUCAUAGUCGGGAUUCCCUCUAUAUUUUGGGUUGGAAGCAAAAAGACAUGCUUUGAAUGGGCCAGUUUUUUCCAUGGUCGUAGGAAAAAAGAGAUAGUGAAUGAGAGCCGGCAGGUGCUCCAGGAACCCGACUUUGCUCAGUCGCUCCUGAGGGACCCAAACACUCCUAUUAUCCGGAAAUCAAGAGGAACUUCCACUCAAGGGACAUCCACACACGCUUCCUCAACUCAGCUGGCCAUGGUGGAUGACCAACGGAGCAAAGCGGGGAGUGUCCACAGCAAAGUGAGCAGCUACCACGGCAGCCUCCACAGGUCACGUGACGGCAGGUACACUCCCUGCAGUUACCGAGGAAUGGAGGAGAGACUACCUCACGGCAGCAUGUCACGCCUGACGGAUCACUCCAGGCACAGUAGUUCUCAUCGGCUCAAUGAGCAGUCACGACACAGCAGCAUCCGAGACCUCAGCAACAACCCCAUGACUCACAUUACACACGGCACCAGCAUGAACCGUGUUAUCGAAGAGGACGGGACCAGUGCCUAGUCUCGUCUAAAGUGAAACUUGUGCUGUUGGAAGUGGGUUUUAGCCUGGGUCUUCGCAUGGCUGGCUGCUGUAACUCGCUGUCAUCCUGCUUUUAAUCAGGCAGAGUGUGCCCACUGAGAAGGUAGAUCUUUGCUUUUUGUGUCGCAUCAAACUUGGCGUGUAAACACAUCCCAAACACAAAAGAAUCAUGUCAUCACAAAAAUAAUUCUUUCUAGGUUGUGAAGAGAUGAUUGUCUGGUAAGCAUUUUUAUAAACCCCCUUAUUUUAUAUUUAGAAAAAUCCUAUAUGUGUGGUGACUGCUUUGUAGUGAACUUUCAUAUAAUAUGAACUAGUGGUGAAAUGACAUUCUGGUAGCUCUGUUAAUAAAACAAAGUUUCAGAAUUAAAGAAAAUUUCUAUGCAAGGCUUAUUUCUCAGAUGAACACUAGGACUUUGUAGGUUUAUUUCCACUGAGUGAGAAAAAGGAACUGUUUUUAAACUGUAGAAGACUGUGAUAAGCCAGCAAGGGUAUUAGCUAAUAGGAUCAAAGUGCCAGAAGAGUCCAGUUGGCCUGUGGGAGGUUCUCUCAAAGUCCGUAGUCUUCCCCACAGAUAUUCAGGAUGUGGAUGAAUUAGCAUUGGAGUAAAGGCAGAGAUGAGCAUUUCCCCUGCAGUUGUAUUGUUUUUUACUUUUGUAAAUAUUACUUUUAUGGGCUAUGUUUUUAUAAUAUCCAUAUGCAUGAUAGAGAAAAUUUAAUUUGUGGCCAUCUUUUCCUAGGUAAUUAUAUUGAUUCAUAGACAACUUCAUGUUCAGAUAUGUUCUGUGGAGGCAUGCAGUAAGAUAAGCAUCACACAUUAUAAGGGUUUUUAAGUGGUAAACAAAUUACGAAAUGGCAAAAUAUUUUCUCUGUAUUCGUUGUUGUAUUUUUCUACAGUGAGAUGUGACCUUGCCAAAGCCAUCAGACAUUGAUAUCCAGGCCCUCCUAUAGUGAGCUGAUUGUCUGCACUGAACUCCCCAGGAGCCAGUUGGCUACUGCUUGUUCCCCACAUUCCUGUUUUCAGUUUCUGAAUCAUUGUUUACAUCUGAAAUAUAUAAUCUAAGUCCAAAGUGGUGAUUCAUUUGGGUUCUUGAAAACCAUUGUAGCUAAGUGGAGCAUGGUUACUCUUUCUGUGAAUACCUUUAAUCUAAAAAAUAUCAAGUGAAAAACACUUGACAUUUUAUCUUAUAAAGCUUAAAUGAUUUAGGAUAUGAACUGUGAACUUUAUUGGGUAUGAAACUGAUCAGAAAGAAAAAUUCUGGAAAAUGCUAAUGUGUUCAUUCAGAAAACACAGUGAUCCCCAGCCCUGAUUGCAGGUAAGACUCACUCUGGGAGCUCUCGUUAGCCAACAUCUUUCUCUCAGGUGAGAGUUGAUGCUUUAAAAACAAACAGAAGCUUUCCAGGUGAUAAUUAGCUAGCCAAACUUGAAGCCCAUUCUUUUAAGCUCGCUUUCUCCUAAUGAUGGGCUGAUGGUAUCACUUUUGAUCAUGGGAAGAUCUAGCCAGACUCAGUGAUACGCUUUACAUUGUUACCUAAUAUACUGUUGUUUCCUACUUUAUUAUCCAUUAUAAAAUGCAGAAUUCUCAAUUCUCAUCUCUGGAGAGUCUUACUCAAUAAAUCAGUAGGAUUUCACAGAUCUGUGUUUCUAAAAACACAGAAGAUUCUUAGCAGGCUAUCCAAGAAUCACACUCAGAAAAAAUUAUUCUAGACUCUGGAGAGGGAGGCCUGGCUUUGCCAUAUGCUAGUUUUCAACUUUGAACAAGUCAGCCUCCUUGAGCCUAGCUCCCCUUGUUUGAAAAUGAAGAUUGAAGAUGAAUAUCUACUCUACCUACCUCACAAAGCUGUCAAAUUAAGAUCAAAUGAAAACAACCAUAUGGAAGCUCUUGGAAACUGUGAAGCAUUAUGAAAUAUGAGAGACUAAGAUUCUUGAGGACUUAAGAGCUUUAUUAGAGGUCUACUGUAGUACAUUUCUUGACACAUGCUUCUUCUUUCACCCUUUAAAAUUAAGAGCUCCUACCUGACAGAAGAGCCAGUUUUCUGGUAGUCAUGAUUUAUUUGUGUCCUGUUGCUUCUUCAAAGUAUGUACCAGUAGAGAUUACUCAUUCUUCAUAAAACACAUUUGAGCAUUUAGCCCCAAAUGUUUUCUCUUCCUCUGUCCUCCUGUCUUUCUCCUUGGAACUGGAGACCACUCAGAGAGGCCUGAAGUCCCUUAUAACUGACAGUUAGUAAACCCUUCCUUACGCCUUACAAGGCACAACUGAUAACUUGUCUAUAAAUAAACCAGUAACUCAGGAAGUUUCUGUUUGAGAAGCUAUGUAGAACAGCAUGGGCAAACCCAAACAAACAUCCACAGUCAUAGGAAGUUGAGAUAGAAAUGCCAGUUUGAGCUCAAAGAUGUCUUCUGUUACCAUCUGCAUUGCUACCAACUGCCGAGUGUUCAGUGGUUGUCUUUUAAAGUGGGACAGUGCAGACAGUGAAGUGAGCAUUGUCAUGAAAGGCUCACCUUGGUGCUUCCAGACUGUGUGCAUGCACUUGCACCUCCUCCAAGCUGGUGGAGUUGUGUACGUGAAUGUUGUUGGCCUGCAGGCACCUUCAACAGGCGCCGUCCUUCACUUGUCCUGCACAGUCUGCAUAAUGGUGUUUGUUUCAAGUAGCACUGUUCAGUUUGGGCCGUAUUCUUUAGCAUACUAGCACUAUAGGUUAAGAAUUUUUCAUUCUUUUCUUUCUUUCUUUCUUUCUUUCUUUCUUUCUUUCUUUCUUUCUUUCUUUCUUUCUUUCUUUCUUUCUUCUUUUUUUUUUUUUUUUUUUUUUGAAGAGACCAUUGAAGAACUAUAGCAGAACAGUGAUUUCAAAUCUUAACCUGCUUAAAUUGACUUAACAAGUCUGGACAGUUUUCUCACCAUAUGAGUAACUUUAAUUUCUGUUGUGAUUGGCAUAUGUUAAUACUUAGUGUUUUCUUUGUUCGGUUGACAACCAAGAAAAUGAUAGUUCCCCCAAAGUAUUAAUAUAUUAUCAAAAGGGUUUUGAAAAGUACUUUGAUUUUAGCAAUAUUGUUCUGUUCAUAAUUAGACAAGAGAUCCAAGGCAAUAGUCAACUCAAAACAGUAAUUGGUUUCAGAGACGGUUGGUGAAUAGUGAUUAGCACGGGGCAUAGUGUAGCAUAGCUUUUCAGUAAAUGAUUAAUGAACGACUGACGACACAGCACUCGGCUUAGACCGUGAGAUUGUUCAUGUGUCUGUUUGUGAAUGACGUUUUUUAAAAUCUGUGUAAAGUAGGAAUUUUUUGAUUUCACAUAAAAACACAGGGGACAGAAGUUUUCUAGAACCUAGGUUUAAAAAUGAACUCGUGAUUCUUUUAAACUUCUUUUAUGCCUUUUUGUGGCCAAUUAAAAUGCGAAAAUCCUGGGUUUGGAGAAAUGGUUCAUUGGUUAAGUGUGCUUGCUGCUCUUCCAAAGGACCCAAGAUCAGUUCCUAGCACCCUUGCUGCAUGUAACUCCAGCUCCAGGGGAUCGGAGGCUUUUCUCUGGCCUCCUCUGAUACCAGCGCACUGUAGCAGAUACACAUGCACACAUAAAUUCAAAAUAAAGUAAACUUUUCUCCAAGACAGAGUUUCUCUGUAUAUCCCCGACUUCAGUGUCCUGGAACUCACUUUGUAGACAAGGCUGGUCUCAAACUCACAGAGCUCUGCCUGCAUCUGCCUCCCAAGUGCUGGGGUUAAAAGCGUGCACCACCACCGCCCAUCUUAAAGUAAAUUUUUUAAAAAAUAUGAAAAACAUUUAUUUAACUCAACUAUAUAGCCUAAAGUCUACAUACAUUUAUAUAAAUUUGAUUAUCUAUGGAAAUGCAUUGGCAUUUGUGCAUCUCUUCAUAAUUUUUCUUUUUCAUUUUUUUGUUGUUCAAGUCAUGUGAGUACUGGGAAAAGCUUAGGAAAACCAGACAUCCCUCACUGGUUCACCAGACUAUAAUUGCAUUCUCUAAUUCUAAUCCUGUUUAUCUUUAUUCAAUAACUAAACUGGUACAGGAUAAUACUUUUCUUUCAAUAUCCAAAUCUUCUGGGAAAAGACAAUGUUAAAAGUCUGCGUAGAGCCAACCAUCUUAAUAGACAGGGGUGUUUGGUUAGCCUACAAAAAACAGUGUAUGUCAAUGUGUUUAUUCCUGUGUUCUCUAAGUAGAAAAUCUGGAUAUGAAGUUUUUUUUUAAAGUUUUUCACUAAUAUUUUGGUCAAGGGCCAAGCCAGUACAAAAUCCAUUAAGUUCAAUCUAUUUAAAUGUAUUGAAGGGUACUUAUCUUUAGCUUUUAUUUAAAUAGCCACCUAGAAACCUAUCUUGUCCUUUUCAUGGAUGUUUUUGUUGGUAUGGUAGAAUUGUUCAUAAUUUAUUCUAGUUUUAUUAACCACUACAUCAUUUUCCCUUGGUUAAAAAAGUUUUUUGCUUUUUAAUAAUUCAAAAGUUUAAAAUUUGGUGGCAUACACCUUUAAUCUCAGCACUUGGGAGGUAGAUGCAGGAGGAGCUCUGUGAGGUUCAGACCAGCCUGGUCUACAGAGUGAGCUCUAGGGCAUCCAGGGCUGCCUAGGAAGACCUUGCUUAAAAGAUAAAUUAAGGAAUUAAUUAAGGUUCUGUGUUCUGUUAUUCUGCUCAUUACCACUCACUAUUAAAUUAGUAUUUUCAAGGUCUUUUUUUUUAAGCU